AUGAAUUCUCUUCUUCGGUUGGCUUGGACUGUUGUUAAUCUCGCUCACUUCGUUGAUACAUUUAGACCAUCAUUUGAGGAUGAUGACAUCGACUUGAUAUUAGAGGAAGAAGAACAUAUGUAUUCUGCAAUACAAGAAGUUUAUGGAGUUAAUACUAAUAGAGAGAUGCAAAGGACAGAUCGAGGUGGAGGUUGGCGUCGGGUGCAACGGUUUAUGCAUGAGUCUGAGAAACAGUGUUUUGAUAUCCUCCGAAUGAAUCAAGGUACAUUUCUGAGUUUAUGUCAGGUGCUAUCACAGAAAUAUAAACUUGAAGAAUCAUGCCAUGUCUAUCUUGAAGAGAGUGUAGCAAUGUUUCUUGAAAUGGUGGCACAAGAUGUAACAGUCCGGGUCUUAGCUGAACGAUAUCAGCAUUCUUUGGAUACAGUAAAAAGAAAGCUAGAUGAUGUUUUAGCGGUUCUGUUGAAGCUUGCAACAGAUAUAGUGAAGCCAUCCAGAAGUGAGUUUGCAAAACCUAGUCCUAAACUAGUAAAAGAUAGUAGUGCGGAAGCAUAUAGAGGUAGAAAAUCUGAACCAACAAUGAAUGUUCUAGCGAUCUGUAACUUUAGCAUGAAAUUUAUAUUUGCUUAUGUUGGAGUUCCUGGUAGAGCACAUGACACUAAGGUUUUAACACAUUGUGCUACUCAUGAACCUUCCUUCCCUCAUCCACCAAAUGGCAAGUACUAUCUAGUAGACUCAGGUUACCCAACUAGAACCGGUUAUCUAGGGCCUCAUCGUAAAGCUAGGUAUCAUCUUGAUCUGUUUGCAAGGGGAGGACCACCUACUAGCACUAGAGAGCUGUUUAACCGUAGACAUUCUAGUUUGCGUUCUAUGAUAGAGAGAACAUUUGGUGUUUGGAAAGCAAAGUGGAGGAUUUUAGAUAGGAAACAUCCUAAGUAUGAGCUGAAAAAGUGGAUAAAGAUUGUGACAGCAACUAUGGCACUUCACAACUUUAUUCGAGAUUCACACUUUGAAGACCGUGACUUUGCUUAUUGGGAGAUGGUAGAUUAUUAUGAGAAUCAUGGUGACCAAGCUGUAGAAAAUGAAGAAGAAGGUAACAUUGAACAUACUCCAUACAUUCCAACUGGUGAUAGAGCAAUGGAGACUCUCCGUGAUGUUAUAACUGAAAAGAUAGGAAGAGGACGUCAACUUCCGUAUUAG